ACUACAAUGGCCAUGUUCAACAGCAAGCUCCUCUUGUCAUUCUACAUCCUUACCUUUUUAAUUGGCCUUCCCGCCAAUAUCCUCGCAUUUUUUACCUUCUGUCGCAAGGUUCACCGCAAGCCCACCCCCAUCGACAUUCUCCUGCUAAAUCUGACAAUAUCUGACCUGAUCUUCCUUGUGUUCCUGCCUUUCAAGAUGAAGGAGGCUUUUGACAACAUGAUCUGGAAGCUGCCGUAUUACUUGUGUCCUUUUAGCAGUUUCUUUUUCUUCUCCACCAUCUACACCAGCACAUUAUUUCUGACAGCAAUCAGCAUUGAGCGCUACCUGGGAGUCGCGUUUCCAAUUCGAUAUGCGCUUGGUCGUCGACCGCGCAACGCUGUGAUUGCAAGUUGCUUCCUCUGGUUUCUGGGCUCUCUGAACCUAAGUAUUGUGUACAUUGUGCCAUUCAUACACUCAAGUGAUGCCAAUGACUCUAGCAAUAGCAAGAUACACUGGUCCAAUCCCAUAUCAUUAACGUGCUAUGAUAACUUCACCACAGAACAGUUGCACAUUCUACUUCCUGUUCGUCUGGAGCUAUUUAUCAUGCUUUUUUGUAUACCCCUCCUUAUCUGCUGUUUCUGUUACAUCAACUUCAUUCGAAUUCUGUCCAAUCUACCCCACCUCGGACGACGUCGUAGACUCAGGGCUAUUGGACUGGCGGUAGGGACACUGCUGGUUUUCACCAUCUGUUUCAGCCCCUAUAAUGUCUCACAUGUGGUUGGUUUUGUUAAUAAGGAAAGUAAGUGGUGGCGUCACUUUGCCUUAAUCUCCAGUAUGCUGAAUGCCUGUUUGGACCCCAUUAUCUUUUACUUUUCCUCGGCUGCUGUCCGAAGUGCCAUAAAAGCAUGUGGUUAUGGUCUGAGGGAGAAGAUGCACAUUGUACGAUGCAGAAGGGUUCCAUGCUGCCCUUUGCUGGGCCCUUCAAGAACUGAGGCCCACAGGGACUCGAAUCCACCUAUUGACCUGAGAUGA